AUGCAUUCCUAUAGUCAUUUGCUUUCCCUUUUUCUCUUUCUUUCCCUUCUUUCGUUUCUUCAUUCAUUUCUCCGGUACCUUGAAAUCAUUCACUCUGAAUUUCUUCAUCAUUCUCUACUUCACAUUCAUUCCUGUUUGUUCUUUGUCUCUUCUUUCCUUUUCGGUCUCCCCCCUUCGUUCUCCCCCUUUCCUUUGCCUUCGGUUCUUCCCCUGCCCUCCCCCUCUUCUUUCCUUUUUAACGGUUCUCCCCUUUCCCCCCCACUUUCGUUCUUUCCUCCCCCUGCCUUCUCUUUUUGUUCUUCCCCCUGCCUUCUUCUUUUCGUUAUCCCCUUUCGUUCUUCCCCCCUUCUCCCCCUUUCGUUCUUCCCCGCCUUCUCCCCCUCUUCUUUCCUUUUUGGUUCUCCCCCUUUCGUUCUCCCCCACUUUCGUUCUUUCUCUUUUGUUCUCCCCCUGCCUUCUCUCUUUUGUUCUUCCCCUGCCUUCUCCCCUCUUUCUUUCCUUUUUGGUUCUCCCCCUUUCUUUCUCCCCUCUUUCGUUCUUUCUCUUUUGUUCUCCCCCUGCCUUCUCUCUUUUGUUCUUCCCCUGCCUUCUCUCUCUUUCGUUAUCCCCUUUCGUUCUUUCCCUGCCUUCUCCCCCUUUCGUUCUUCCCCUGCCUUCUCCCCCUCUUCUUUCCUUUUCGUUCUUCUCCUGCCUUCUCCCUCUCUUCUCUUUCCAUUCUGCCUCUCCGUCCUCAGUCUGCUUUUUUUUUUCAUUUUUCAUCUCCGUUCUCAUUAUGUGUAG